AUGAAACCGGUCGUACGCGUGAAACUGGUCAUCGAGUUCCGACAUCAGAGACGCACUAGGCCAAUUGGAUUCGAAGGACGACGACGCCUUCACUAUAAUUCUGCGCCGCCCGAACGCCCACGGAGGUCUUCUCGCCCUAACUCCUCAACUCGCAAUGGGUCUUCUCAUCAUCCGAAACCCCGACUUCCGUCCGUGCCGGCUCCAAGUACUGGCUCUCUCUCAUCUCCGACCCUGACUUCCAUCGCCACCACACUCUCCGAAACCCCAAAAUCUCUGGUCCCUUUCAUUCGGUUUGUUGGUUUAAUUGGAGGACGAAGCUUUCAUUCCCAAUUGGUUGUCCAGAUUCUAAGUGUGAAUGGAGGGUUUCAUUGGUUGGUUCGAAGUGUCCGAGAUGGAUCAUCAUCCACGGUCAUCAUAUCUUUUCGUUUAGCAGAGGAGGAUGUUGGUGAGAUUCCAAUGCCGCCGGGUUUUUAUGUUGUUGAAGAAGAUGAAUAUUAUGUCAAUGUCUUUGAGGGAUGCCUGUGUUUGGGGAAAAAGGAUGAUCUAGCGUUUUGGGUCAUGAAGGAGUAUGGAGUGGCCAAAUCCUGGAUUAGAGUAAGAAUGCCCAUACCAUUUUAUGGAGGGUUACAUUGUGGAUUUGUGAAGAAAAAAUAUCAUCUGCUGCUCUUACAAGAAAAUAUGCGACUGCAGUUAGCUAUGUACAAUUUUGGUAGGAAAAAAAUUCGCAACCUAUCAAUUUGUGGAGUUAGCGAGCCUUGUUCUGCUGGGAUUUACUUGGAGAGCCUUGUGUCACCUAAUAACUAUUGCAUCCCUCAGUGAUUAAGCAUUGCAGCUGCAAUGCAGGAGCAAGUACAUUUCCACCAGAGGACAUCUUAAGCUGUAGUGGUGUGCUUGGGGAAUGGUUUUUCUCAUGUUUUGGUCCAACAUCAGGUGCAUCUGAACCUCAGUUGUCAUCUUUUGGUUUAAAGCUAGUUUCGGUUUCAAGAAGAAUUUCUGUAAUUUAGUUCCAUAGUGCCUCCUACUUCAAGUGUUCAAGUACUAGUUUAGCUUAGUAUCGAACCUUUUAUGUAUUUGGCAAGUGCUGGGGUUGCUGUCACAUUUAGUAUUUCUAAUACUUACUUUGAAAAUUUCUGUCAGUGCUUAAAUCCCCUGGUUUUAGAGUUGCUUUGUUAGUUUCUAAUUUGUUUGAUAUGCUAGCAGCUAAAUAUCCUUUCACAGAACUAUAUAGCAAUGCUUU